AUGAUUGCCAAGGUAGUCGAGGAAAACAAAGAGAUAAAGAAUCAUAUGUCUAAAUUAACCAAUGCCUUAGCUGUAGGGGAAUGUGGGAAGUUUCCAGCCCAAGCUCAACCAAACCCAAAAGGGCAACACAUGGCACAAACCUCAGGAUCCGAAAAAACCAAUUUUAAGGAGGCAAAUGCCAUAACCACUAGAUCAGGAAAGGUUGUAGAACCAACCUCUCCACCUAGAGAGAACGGAAAAGAGCCAAGUGAGCCUAAUGAGAGCAGUCCUAGUGAGGAAGUUGCGGAAAACCUAGCUAGAAUACCUUUCCCUCAAGCUCUCAAGUCGACUUCGAAAUCAACAGGUCUAGGAGAGAUGAAACCCACCUCAGUGGCGCUACAGUUAGCUGACCGAUCCACCAUACGAUCAAGGGGAGUAGUUGAGGAUGUGUUAGUUCAAGUUGAUAAAUUUUACUAUCCCGUUGAUUUCUUGGUAUUAUAUGUGAAGGUUGAGGUGGAUGUUAACUCUAAAAUCCCUAUUAUACUUGGUAGACCUUUCCUUGCUACAACUAAUGCUCUUAUCAAUUGCAAGAAUGGUCUGAUGAAGUUGACAUUUGGAAAUAUGACUCUAGAAAUCAAUAUUUUCCAUAUCACCAAACAACCUACGGAAGAAGAUGAAUGCCAUCAAACCUACAUGAUUGAUGCACUCACUCAGGAGGAAGCACCCACAACAAUUGAUUCUGACCCUUUGAGCUCUUUUAUCCUAAAUUCUAAAAUUUUAUGUGGUUUUGAUGUUAAUGAGUAUGCUAACAUUUGUGCUAUUUUUGCAAAAUUGCAGGACCACAGGACUUCACCAUGGCAACCCAAGUUUGAAGAAUUGCCAGAAAGGACUGGAGGACAGAAGCCAUCAAGUGAUACCUUUCCUAUCAUUACCUCGUCAGAAUUGGAUGUAUUACAAUGUAAACAACUUUUAAACAUUCUGAAUGAACACAAAUCUGCAUUAGGGUGGACCAUGGCCGACAUCAAAGGUAUUAGUCCUUUAAUUUGUUCCCAUAUGAUACAUCUAAAGAAAGGGGAUAAUCCUAGGAGAGACCCACAACGUAGGCUAAACCCCACAAUGAAUGAAGUGGUAAAGAAUGAGACAGUAAAUGGGUUAGCCCUACACAGGAAAUUAAAUGCUGCCACUCACAAGGACCAUUUUUCCCUUCCCUUUUUGGACCAAAUAUUUGAACGUGUGGCUGGUCAUCCCUUUUACUGUUUUCUAGAUGGCUAUUCAGGAUACUAUCAAAUUGAGAUUGCUUUAGAAGACCAGGAAAAAACCACAUUCACGUAUCCUUUUGGUACCUAUGCAUUUCGUAGAAUGGCAUUUGGACUUUGCAAUGCCCCUACCACAUUUCAAAGAUGCAUGAUGAGUAUGUUUAGUGAUAUGGUAGAUGAUUGCAUGGAAAUUUUUAUGGAUGACUUCACUGUUUUUGGGACCUCCUUUCAUGCAUGGCAUGUUAUUUUUUCAAGAGAGAUAGAAGUAGAUAAGUCAAAAAUUGAAUUGAUCUCUAAAUUGCCUACACCCAAGACAGUAAAGGACAUUAGAUCAUUUCUUGGACAUGCAGAUUUUUAUAGGAGGUUUAUACAAAAUUUCUCAUCCAUAUCUAUACCUGAUAUGAUCCAGGAGUCGAGCACGAUGAACGCGAGUGUGGGACGAGAUCCGUUAACAAUCGAUGGAGGACCAAUGACACGAUCAAGGAUAAAGCAAGCGAACAAAGGUAGGAAGCACGUGACAUUCGAGCCUGGCGAUUGGGUUUGGGUACACUUUAGGAAGGAGCAGUUUCCGGAACAAAGGAAGUCUAAGUUGGAACCGAAGAGCGAUGGUCCAUUUCAAAUUAUUGAAAAGAUAAACGAUAAUGCAAACAAGUUGGACCUUCCAGAUCAUGCAGCUCUUAAGCACCUUCUUGCAAAGAAGGAUGCUAAGGCAAGACUAAUACGUUGGAUCUUGCUUUUGCAGGAAUUUGACAUUAUUAUCAAAGAUAAGAAGGGAGUAGAAAAUGUUGUAGUAGACCAUCUGUCAAGGCUGACCUUUAAAGAUAACUUAAACACAUUGCCAAUUAGAGAUGGAUUUCUUGAUGAAAAUUUAUUUACUAUCUCUUUUCUACCAUGGUUUGCUAAUAUUGUGAAUUACUUGGUUGCAGGUGAAAUCCCAAAUGAGUGGAGUGCACAGAAUAGGAUAAAAUUCUUGGCUGAGAUCCUGUGA